AGGGAAGGAUGAGAGCGGCCAUUCACGCACGGCAGAAGAGGACGCUGCAGUCGUUCCAUGCGGAGGGAGAGGACAGUGCUGCCAUUUUGCGACGCCGUGCUGCAGGUGUGCUACGCCAUGGGGUGUGGAGCAUUCCCUAGAGCGACGCCGAGGUGGUGGAUGAAGCGACGGACGGGCGGGACAUGGGAGGAUUUGCUGCAUUGCGACGACGCGACGGCGGACUACUUCAAGGACAAGCUGCGCAUGUCGCCAGGGCAGGAGAGACGCCUCCAGGAGAAGAAGGAUCGUGAGGACCACUAUAAGCAGAUUGGGGAUCUCAUCAACGCUAGGUUGGGUGCUGCCGAAGAUGCAAAGAACUCAAAGAAGAGUGAUUCCGGUGAGGUUGACCGGCUUCGCUAUGAGGUGGAGAAUUUGAAGAAGUUGCACUCUGCUGCUGUACAUACAUCCUUGGCUACGGUCAACAAUCACGAUGAAGCAGUCAGGCUGCAACGAGAGUACGAUGAGGCCAAGCGGCAGGCACAGGAAGCCAGCGAACGACGGAUCUCUGCAUUGGAGGAUCAAGUACACACUCUAAAGAAGAUUACGGAAGAAGCAGUCAGUGAAGCUGAAGGUUGGAAGAUGGAAGCUCAGCGGCCGGGCAACAAACGGGGGUGCAUUGCGAUCGGGGCUACCCCCAGCCCGCAAGUUCGAACUCGAUCUCGAGUUGCUCCCGCCGCUACACCUGUUACCGCUCGAAGGAGGAAUGCUGAUGACUAUAGUGAUCUUGUCACGCGACACAUGGAGGAAGUCAAGAUUCUGAAGGAGAUGCGAAUCAAGGAAUUCAACCGGAGAAGAGAAGCUGAACAAGAGGCUGAGAGAAUCAAGGAAGACAAAGACAGAGAAAUCGAACGAUUGAAAGUAGCACUCAGCAGAGUGCAGGUUGCAUCAUUGGAGAAGUUGAAGGCUUCGCGAAUGAAGGCACUGGAGAAACACAUCAAGACAGGUGGGACAGAUCUGAGACAUCGACUCAAAGCAGCUGUGUGUGAGGGUGCCCAAUGUUCCGAUAAGGGGAAGGCCAAAGCUGCGGUGGCUGACGAGGUCGGCAUUGCCAAUGAACGAGAGAUGUUCCUAAAAGGAGCAAGGAAGGACUUAAAAAAUCUCAAGAAGGACGCCAUCCAGAAGAUUUGCGAGAAAGAAGGGGUUUCGUACACAGUUCUGGACGAAACGAGAGAAGCGAUUGCGCAGUUACGUACGAGGUUGGCCUACGAUGAGCCUCCACCUGGAAAGGAGAAAGAAGUCGUGAUUGAAGUGUUGCCCGACAAUUCGGACGGCAACAGCGCUGACUUAGGUAAGGCGGACGAGGCAGAUGAAUCUACUUCUUAGGGUCUGGCCCGAACGCGGCGCGACUAUGGGAUACAGUAAAACACUGUUCUAGCA